GCACAAAGAAGAAGAAGCAGAACGCUGUCAGUGCGGAGUGGAGGUCAUGCUGUGUGAGUCCAACAUGUCUGUGGUGUACCCGACUCUGCUGCUCUGUGUAUAUGGCUUCUUCUCGAACCUGCGGCCCUCGGAGCCUUUCUUCACCGCCUACCUGAUGGGACCAGACAAGAACCUGACGGAGACUCAGGUCGUCAACGAAAUCUAUCCAGCAUGGACGUAUUCCUACCUGGUGCUACUGUUUCCCAUCUUCCUGGCCACUGACUACCUCUGUUAUAAGCCUGUAUUGGUGCUGCAGGCCACCAGCCUAGUAGUUACCUAUGUUAUGCUGCUGAAGGUGAACGGCAUACGGGCCAUGCAGCUGCUGGAGUUUUUCUUCGGUCUGGCCACAGCCUCGGAUGUGGCCUACUACUCCUAUAUCUACAGUGUGGUGGAGCCGGCACACUACCAGAGAGUGACUGGUUACUGCCGCAGCAUCACUCUGUUUGGAUCAGCUGCCGGAUCUCUGAUCGGUCAGCUGCUGCUCUCUGUGGCCAAAGUUCAGCUGCUCCACCUUGUCAUCGUCACCCUGACGGCGGCUGCCGUGGCCUUCGUUGCUCCCUGGUUUUUACCUAUGCCCAAGAGGAGCUUGUUCUUCCACAAGAGUUCAGAAGCAGUGGAGGAGAGGUCACAGGGAAGCAACACAGCCCUGCUGAGGAAGGCUGAGGAUUCAGAGAGCAAAGUGCCUCUGAACACCCAGGACGCCUUCACGAUACCCAGGUCCUCUGAGGCAGGAAAUCACAAAAGAGGUCUUGUGCAUGUCUUGCGGCUCUUGUUUGAGGACUUCCUGCACUGCUACAGGUGUCGCCCCCUGCUGGCGUGGUCGCUGUGGUGGGCUCUGGCCACCUGCGGCUACUUCCAGGUCAUCAACUAUGUUCAACCACUGUGGGAGAAUAUUCGUCCAUCCCACGACUAUGAAAUCUACAAUGGCUACGUAGAGACACUGUCCACACUGCUGGGGGCCUUGGCAGCUUUGCUGGUGGGCUACCUGCCUGUGUGCUGGGCUCUGUGGGGGGAGCUGGUUCUAUGUGUCCUCUCCCUGCUGAUGGCUGUGUGUGUGUUUGUCAUGGACACACUCAGGAACAUCUGGCUGUGUUACAGCUCAUACAUCGUCUUCAGAGCCACCUACAUGCUGCUCAUCACUGUGGCAACAUAUCAGAUCGCAGCCAAUCUCAACAUGCAGCGCUACGCCUUGGUGUUUGGAGUGAACACCUUCGUGGCUCUGCUGCUACAGACUCUGCUCACUAUAGUGGUGGUGGACUCAGCUGGACUGGGCCUUGAUGUCUUUACACAGUUCCUUAUCUAUGGCUGCUACUUUGCAGUCAUUUCUAUGGUCUUCCUCCUCGCUGGGCUUUGCAAACUGGCUUCCAAGAGGCGCUCCAAGCAGGAGGUCCUGGCCGACAGCCCAGCAGAAACAGAGUCAGACUCUCCGCCGAUCAGUGGCGCUGUCUCCUGAUGGCACAUAACGAUAGAUAUUGAAUAGCUUCUCACAUAUUAAGCAGGAGAGGUGAGUGAGCUUCAGUAAUCUCUUCAGCCACAACAGUAGAGGCUAAAACUACACUUAGUAAAACCUAGAGUCAACCUCUGUGGCUGGCAAAUGACGCCAACACAGAAGUAAUAAAAACUGCAGCUCCUGUCCAUUCUUAUUUAUAGUCUGUGAGUGAAAUGCUUCAAGCUGUAUUCAUCUGUAAGGUCAUUGCGUGGCAGAAUGGCAUCACAUACGUUAGUGUUUCAUCUAAACUGGGUUGAAUGAAACUAUGGAUGCCCUCCGGAGCUGCUCUUUGCUGUUGGGGGGCCAGAAACGACACUGGCAGUUCCAGAGUAAGGACUAGGUCCAGUCCACCAGAGAACAAGCCGAAGAAGUGCUUGGUGCGUAGAGGGACAGCCCACCCGCCCUGCCGAUACCCAGAAAGGAGCAGCACAAACUGUACAUUUUUACACAAUCAAAACAAAAAACUUAAUUUAUCCUGUAUGGUUUUAAAACAUGGUUCUGGAAUGGAAAGAAAACCCAAACACACGAUACCCAGAUUAAUUUCUGUCCAUUUCCCAGCUGUUUGAAACUGAUGCCUUAGACUUGAUGUAAAAGCUCAAUAAACACUAGGAAUGUUACCUUCGCACCACUACUAUAGUAGACCAGCCUAAAAGAUAUAUAUUUUUUAUAUUUAUUAUUUACUACUGUAAUUGAUUAAUUAAUCAUUGAUAAGUAUUAGUACUGAGAAGGAUUAUCAAUAUUUGUCUUUAAUGAACACAAUGCUGUUGAAGCUUGAAAUGUUACACUGUUCACCUAGAGCACAUGUUUAAUAUUGUUAGGCUGCUUAUAUCGCACAAAAUGUUAAUUACUGUUAAAUGUUCUGUUACUGGAUUUAGACAAAGUGCCAAAAAAAGUUAAAAGAAAUAUCUGGAGCUUCUAACUUUUUUAAAAAUAAAUUCCUAAACAUUUUCAGGGAGUUGGAGGAUACGUUUUUUUAUUUUCACCAAAUCUAAUGAAAAGACCAAAACCAACAAUGUGUUUGUCCGUCUCUCAAUGCUUUGUGAUUUCCCUGCCCUGUCUGAGGCUCUCAGCCCAUUGAUUUCUUUUGAAGAUGUGAUCCUAAAACAGCUGCUCACUGUAGUUUUUAAAGGCAGCAGAAAAUAGUGUGUUUGUUGGGGACUAUUUCCAGCGGCGGAUGAAUCCACAUUUGGUGCUUUAUUGAGUAUUUGGGCAGCAGGAUGGUGUAUGUGGGAUUGAGUCAAAAUAAAUUAGUGUUGUGUGUUCAUGGUGAUGAAGGAACGGAGUGGCUCAUUGAUGUUUUUUAAUAGGUUUUGGACAACAGUGGAGCUCUAUGGCACAUCAGGUUUUGAUACACCCACACACACACACACAAUGCUUGUUAGUAGAUACAUUCUUGAAAAGUGUCCUGAGAUAACUUCUGUUAUGAAUUGGCGCUAUACAAAUAAAAUUGAAUUGAAUUGAAUUCUCUGUUGGUUACGGCUCUGGACAUGAGAUUUGUUGACAAAAAGACAAAUGACACCAGACUUUAAUGUGUUAAAGUGAUGACCAAAUAUAAGUGAACCUUGCAUGGUAGCCUGCUGCCAUUGGUGAGUGUGUGUGUGUGUGAGCACUUUGGAUAAAAUAACUACAUAAAUGCAGUGCAUUUAUCUUAUUUUUAUAAUGUCUAUUUCUGUACUACUGGUACUAAUGUCGUCAUGUAUUCACAAAAAAAACGGUUAUGAAUGUUAUAAACCAAGAUUAUGUGUUGCUUAAUAUCAAUACAAACAACUGAUAAUAGUGUUGGAUUAUCACAUUUGUAACUGUAGCUCUUAUAUAAAUAAUACUUUGGUACAGUCACAAGAUGCAGACACUAUUCGUCUGCCUGUGAAACACUUUGAUUUGCAAGAUAAAGGCCAGUGUCAGUGUUGAGCACACAUGACCCAGAGUUAGCAGAUGUAGAAGAGAAACAAUAUGUGCUUCAUGUUCAUGUUUAUAUGUGAAUAAAGUAUGUUGUUUGCAAAUGUGUUUUUCUAUCAACAAGCAAGCAGACAAAGCAAAUGUAAACAAAUGUAAAAGUUUAAAUGGUGUUUUUUUUUAGUGUCACUGUUGCCUCACAUCAAAAAGGUUCCUGGUUCGUAUCCCGACUCAGACAGAGCCUUCAAAUGUGCAGUUUCCAUGUUCUCUACUAGUUUGCGUGGUUGGUCCACUGCUGUGGAUGGGGGCAGGAACAAAAUGUACUUUAGUAACCUAAAAAAAGGCCCACCUAAAAAAACCAAUCUCUGCUUAUCUGCUGUAUUUUGAAUUUUUAAUAUUCUUACCGCCAUCACACAUCUCUUUCAGAUGGGAAACUGAAGCCAUAAUAUAUGCACCUAUGCUUUCUCCAAGGCCAUCAGACUGAAUCAGAUAUAUAAAUGCUUCACUUUCCUGAUGAAAAAGGCUUUUUGACAGCAAGUUAAAGCAGUGAAAUUAUUCCAGAUGUAGCAUACACUUACACUGAUACAGAUCUUUUCGGUGGCAAAAAUAUGUUAUGUUGAACACCCUUAGUAGUACAUUGGUUAGCUUCUGUGCUGGGACUCCUGUCUGCUUCUGCAAAGGGAUAUAGGAUAAGUACCUCAUACACAAAAAACCUGAACUAUCCCUUUAAAAGCCAGGACAUCCAUGCACAGUUUGUCAGUAUAUCUGUCAGUAAGUGCAACAAAUUUCACCAAUACUGUAAAACUUCAGUUGAUAGUCUGGGCUUUUAUUUGCUUCAAUCAACUCAGCCUACAUUAAGCCUCUGUAUGGAACAAGCUUUCAAUUCCUUUUGCACAAAACUCUUGCUUAGCAAAGAUGUGAUAAUCAAAUUGUUUACACUUUUUAAAUUUUUUUCUUAAUGUUUUGUAAGCUUCUCUUUCUUUUUAUUUAAAAUAUUCUAUAAUAUAUUUCCCAUUGUUAAAGUACAUGUAUAUUGCAUUUACAUAUUUACUAAUACAUACUAGAUAUGUAUUACUGUUAUUAUUAUUCUUUUUUUUACUUGUUACAAGUGUUACAAGUUGGGGUGGGAUGGUAGUACAUGUCUUGUGUGCAUUUAAUGUGAAAACUGUGAACAAGAAUGUCUAUAAAAAUCCAGACUAGGCUUCUAAUUAAGACCUGAUUUUAUUUGCCAAAACAUGUAGCCACACUAGGCUAAUAAAGGAGACCUACCUCUAAUGGGACCCUGAAUGAAAUUAAGUUUUACAGUAUUUUUGGAAAUGCAUAUGUAAAAAACUGAAUUUGAUCGGAAUAGUAGUGAAUUAUUCAAGUGUUUAUUUGUUAAGUUGUUGUAUGAAAGACACAUUUGUCAUUAAGACUAAUUUCUCUCUGUACAGAGUUGAUAAGUGAAUGGAUUUUAAACAUUUGGCCUUUGCUGUAUGUAAUGGUGCCUCUCCUCUUUUUCCUGUAUGUACUAAGUGUAUUCAUUAUUUUUUACGUCAGUAGAGGCAGUCACCAAUUUACCAGAUGCUGGGCCGCCUCCUUUGACGUCUCACUUGAGCCAUAUUAUCUAUUGUACGAGAUUUUUUUUGUGUAAAAGUGUUCAUUCCAGAUUUCCGUUAAAUUCUUUGCACUGUUUUUCUACUUGGUCAUACAUGGAAUCUUGUGUGUGGAGUACAAAACUGUAAAGGUGUGUUGUCAUGGUACUAUAAACAAAUGGACUGAGUAAAGGCGUGUGUGUUAGGGGCUCCCCAAUAAACUUAAAAAUACACAUCCAAUACAUAACACAAAAAAAAUAUUUCUUUGUGACUGUUAUUGCAUAGAGAUAGCAACUUUUUGUAGUCUUGUUUUAUAAGCAUACUAAUAAACAGAAGUAAGUUUA